CCUUACCUGUUUGCUUCCCAGCCCAGGAUGAAGCCAGUCCAGUUUUGCUUCCUUUUCUGUUGCUGGAAAGCCAUCUGCUGCAACAGCUGUGCGCUGACCAACAUCACCAUCGCCGUGGAGAAAGAGGAAUGCGGCUUCUGCAUGAGCAUCAACACCACUUGGUGUGCGGGCUACUGCUACACCCGGGACCUCGUGUACAAGGACCCAGCCAGACCCAACAUCCAGAAAACAUGUACCUUCAAGGAGCUGGUGUACGAGACAGUGAAAGUGCCCGGCUGUGCUCACCACGCAGACUCCCUGUAUACAUACCCGGUAGCCACCGAAUGUCACUGUGGCAGGUGUGACAGCGACAGCACUGACUGCACCGUGUGGGGUCUGGGGCCCAGCUACUGCUCCUUCAGUGACAUAAAGGAGUAGAGAGCAGUGGACACUGUGGGCUGCCUACCCUUGUCCUCAAGGACCAAGAAAUCCAGACAGUCUGUGUGUCCCUGUGCUCAGGCUGCAGACCGCUGUGGGAGAGCCCACUGGUCUCUGCUCUCCUGUCAGAGGGGGAGCUCCAGGAACCGAGUGCUGGGGCCGGGAGCCUGCCACCACUCCACCCUGUAUCCUAGCUCUGGUUCCACAAGUGUUAUUCAGUCUUACUUAACUUACAGACUCAUGAGUGCUUUCCUGCUUAAUAAUCUUAGAAAUCCUCUCAGGCAAUCCCCUCCUCUUAGUGAUGGGGGUACCUCGGAUCAGAGGGAGGAAAUGAGAGGGGAGUGAGGGAAAGUACUAGCUGCAGCAUUCUUCUGCUAGACUCUUGAGCUCUCAAGAGCAGGGCCAGCGUCUUCAUGAGUGUAGCCUCAGUGCCUAGCACCGUGCCUGGGACUGAGUAAGAAACUCAGCAGUGGCUUCCUUAAGGAAAGUAAGAUUGAAAGGCAGGGGUAGAAAAACACUGAGAGAGGACGUUUGUGGCUGGCUGAGGAGGCUGCCCUCAGCAAGGCCAGGCAGUCCAUCAAGUGGAGGCAUCAGGCCCGUCUCACCUCUCCUCCUCUGGCCUGUGGUACUGAGGCAGGAUGCAGGUCUCCGAAUGCUCAAUGCAGAUGGGGGUUAGGAUUUCCAAGCUAUUAUCAUCAAGCCCUUUAGUUAAGGGUAAAAGCAAGAAAUAUAAAUCUGGGCCUGUGGAAAUUAGCCCACAUCUAUUCCAUCAUUAAAUAAAUUGAACAACUGCUGUCAGUCUCCUACAAAAACUCCCUUUGGGAAGUAGGAAAAACUAUAUUGCCCUGCGCUCCAAGCUGGUAUCCACUCCUUCAGAGAGAGGUUGAUUUGAAAGUAGGUUUGAAAGCAAUUUCGGCAACUUAAUAAGUACAUUUACCUUAUCUACAAAUACGUUUGUGUAAAGAAAUAGCUCUUUUAGAAAGAAUUAGCCAUGAGAGAAAAAAAACAAACCUGGUGUUUUCUAGAAUCCUCUCUAUAUCAGUCUUCUCUUUUGUCUAUCCAUGUUCUCCAAAAUCUAUGAUUUCUUUCAAGAGGGUACGUAUUGAAACUAUUUCAUGAGUUGAUUUCUUUUAAAGAUGUUACCUUUUUUAGUUAUGCACUUGUUUCACACUCAUACUGUUUAACUAAUUUAUUUAAAUCUUAUUUUUUUAAUAAAGAUGCUAGCCACCAGAAUGAAUUUUUUCACGUACAAGCAGAUGAUUUAUGUGUGUAUGUUUACAAUAUUUGUAAAAAGAAUCUUAAAAUAUAAUUCCUAGUGUAUCUGUAAAUAUUACCUGUCCUCACCUUUGGAAAUAUUAAAAAUAACUUGCUUGCAUUUCU